GCCGCGCUGCGCCGAGCCGCCGGCGAGCGGGCGUCGCCCCUCCCGCGGCCCGCACCCUCUACCCCGGCCCUCGUUUACUGAAUCUCUCGCUGUCGCCGCUUCGCCGGCAAACUCGACCGACCUCUUUUAGCUAGCUAACGUCGCAACCGCGUUCGUUUCCCGCCGCGAAACUGCGUUCGAACUCUACGUGAUUUUGCUGCACUGAUUUGAACUUUUUAAAGCGGCCAAAUUGUUUAAAGUUUUAUUUGAUUCCUAGAAUUCUUAAUUCGAACGAUGAAUAUUUUUUAUUUGUAAUGUAUUUGGAGCGCGGCAAAGUACGGUAGUACGGACAGAUAAUUUAGAGAGCAUGAGUGCGAUGCGUGUAAGUGCGCGCGGUUGCGGACGAGCAUGGCCGGACGCGUUGCCGGCUGCGUAGGCGCAGGCAGCGAUGGACUGCUGCAACUACGGCGAGUACCGCGGGCAAGCGCACGCACAGUACGGUGCGAGCCCCGGUUGGGAGGGCUACGGUUACGCACCGCUGCCUUACACGCCCUACGCGCACGCCUACUACUCACCGCACGCGCACGACCCCUAUACGCGCUAUUACCGCUACGAUUAUCCCGCGCACCACGUGCACCACAGCGACCAUGCCAUGUCCAUGGAUUACGGCGCCUACGCGCUGAAGGAGGCGCGGACGAGACGAGCCUUGGCGAGGCGCGAGCUACGCACGCAUCCCGCGCAUUUGCCCUUACCGCAUACGCCACCUUUAGAAUGUGGCAUAAAUGGCCGUGGUCAAGGCUACUGCGAACCGCAAAUGUGGUCUCCUUACCAGAUGGGUAUGAUGGGAGGAGGCUGGAGUGGGAUUAAUCCUGCUAACGGUUCAUGGGCUUCCCGAAGUAUGUGUUCGCGGGAACCAAUGCGUUACGCCUCUGAUUGUAGAUUGAUAAAAGGUUCAAACAUGCAUCAUCAAAAUCAAGUUUGUGCUCAGGAUGGAAGGUCAACGCCUUAUCCGACGUACGAAGAACCACAUUACAAUAGGGAAAAUGGACCGAAGCAAGCUAACAUUCAAGAGUUUCCAGGGCGAAAUAUGAUACCGUCCGAGGCGGCGCGACCGACUCGCGAUCACUUCUAUGCAGAGCAGCGACGUUCUCCGCCAGAAGAAAAGCGACCACCAGUAGUCCCUCUACCGGCUUUUCAACAAGCCUUCGGGUCUACUGAGAUAGGUAAAUUUGCCGAAGCCUUUAGUCGGGCAGAGGUCGCACAUGAAACGGAGGAUUCCACUGACAAUUUUAUGUUCGAGUCGUUUCAAGACUGGGAAGCUUCACCCGACCCACAAUGGACGUCACAAUCGGCAACCCGGGAAAUAAAAUGUGAAGAAAAUUUUUGAGGAUAACUUUGUCUUCUCGCUAGUGCUAAUUUUGGGCGAUUCCGCCUCGUAGUUAAUUAGAUAAUUUUUUAGUUUCACCACCACGUUGCCAAAAUGAUGUAGUUCGAUGUCGGAGAUACCACGAUAUCUUAGAACUAGGAUGUGAUACCAAAUUUUUUAAAGUGUAUGAAGUCAACUGAACAAAUAGUGGUGUGACUUUUAAUCGAUAUACAUAUGAUAUGAUAUAAUAUAAUAGAAAAAUUAGUUAUUCCCUUUGACUAGUUUUAGACAGACCUUAAAAGACAAGAAAUUAAACUAUUAGUGUGGAACGACGGAGGAGUAGGUAGGAAUGGCAAUGAGUAGGAAAAAUGAAUCACUUUUCAAUGUGCCUUUAAUUGGAGAGCCCAGCCGCAGUACGCGCGGCGUCGCGCCCCUCGCCGCUCGCUCCGUGUCGAUAUCAUCAUUACAAUAGCUAUCUUAGGGACCAACGUUUAGACAAAUAUACACGACCCUGUCGCGUACACGACCUAUGCGCAAUAAGCUCAACGAAACGAAUGUGAACGUUCUCUCAGGGAGUUUAACGAAAUUUAUAGGAACCCUAGUUGAAUGUUAUUAAAUUACUCGAUAAAUUAAAAAAACAGAUCUAGCUGUCUGUUGUAAUUAUUAAUCUAUUUUGUAAAAAAAUAUCGUUAGUAUAACAAAAUACAAGUUUAUGGUGGUUAUUGAUUAUAUAGUAAUCGUAAAUUUACAAAUAACUAAUUAUUAUUAUAGCUAAAUGCAAUACAUAUGGCAUUAGGCGGUUUUGCUUUCGUCAACUACUUUAAAUAAAAAAAACGCUGUGAGCUUACCAAAAAUAACAAAUGAGUUUUGAAAAACUUUUUGUUUUUACAUUUUGGUUUUUUUCAAUCAAACUAGCAGGAUUAUAGAAAAGAUUUUUGUCAUUUGACAACAUUUAAAUUAUAAUUUUAAAGGGGCUUUAAAGACGCCGCGCGGUAUCAUGUAACCUUUGAAAUAAUUAAUGAGUAAUGAAAGUCAUGUAAGUAUAUUUAGGUAGGUAAAUUUUUAAAGAGAUUACUAUGAAUAAGACAGCUUUUUGAAAAAAUGCUAGGGGUCCAAUCAAGUUGAAAUAAAUACCUAUUACGGUCUUACAUAACAAUGUCACAAUCUUCUAAAUGUCCCGCUGCACUUACUGGAUAGAUCAAUUUUGUGCGUCUUAUAAGGACUCUUCGUUUUAAUAAAAUUGGACCUGAUCGUUUCGUGUACUCACAAUUUACAUUAAAUUGCAUUAAGUGUUUUAUAAAAUCCACGAAUUCCCUUUCAAAUUACUAUUAUUUUUGUAUCUGUGAUAUAUUUUCUGUGUUUUUAUUUAUUUAAAUUUAAAGUGUAUGGUUCUGUGCAAUCGUUAUUAGAGUAUUUACAUAAAUCUCACAAAUAGUUAAUUGAUAGUAAAACAUUUCCACUGCUUGUUCGUUUAUCAUAUGCUUAACUAUUUCUAAACUUAAUGUCUUUCAAAUAUACAUACGUACUCGAUGUUAUUCGUGUACAUUACAAAAACUUCCAAUCGUCUUCGGUUUACAAUAAGAAUCUACGUGUCUGUAUCUGAACCUCUUUCGACAAAUCUGCAAAAUUAAAGGAGUGCCUUAUGUAAUUAUUAUAAUAUGAAACUAGGUGGAAGAAUUUUAUUCUAGUCUAAUUUGAUGAAACACCAUAUUAUAGUUAAUAAUGAAACCUCUUUUAAACCGAGAAUUUCAUGUAUAAGUAGAUGUGAUAAUAAACUUAUAUAAAGUUAUUUGACAUAUACAUGUAAUAGCGCGCGUAUUAUAUAUAUUAAAUAAUUAAACUUAUUUAAUGUGUGCGCUAUCAUAAAUUACAAUAGAUACGAGUAUAUACAAAGUGAUUUGUUAUAUAAUAACAGUUUAAUUUGUGUGGAUAUUUAUCAAGUUAUGAGAUUAAGUUUUAAUUUACGUUGUACUGAUUUAUUUUUAGGAAUGUUGUUUUGAUUGAAGAGUUGAUGCUAACUAGAUGUUAUGUUGACCUUUACUGAUGUAGCUGCUUAGAUAAUGGUUAAAAUUGAAGAUUAGUCAAGACUCUUAGUAUAAACUGUCACAACGUUUGAUUCAGUAUUCUACAGAUGUAGCAUGUUAUACAAUUAUCAUACAGAAUAUACGGAGAUUCAUGAAAUGUCAUGACAUAUUACGUUCAUUUAUUCUUUUUCAACGUAGACAACUUAAAUGCUAAUAAAUAUU